GUUGUUGUGACAGUGAUGCAUUUUGUUGAAUUAUUAUUCGAUCAUUCCGCUGAUGUCGGGGAUUUGACGAAUGAUGUCGUAUCAAUAGCGGUGAAAUGGGUGUUUGAAAAAUGAACGAAGAAGAGUUUUAUGUGAGAUUCUCCAAGCAGUAUCUUUACGACAAACACGAGAAUCAGUAUCUCGACUGCAGCAGCGUCGUCGCAAUAGUUGGUCAUUCCCAUCCUCGGAUCGUAGCAUGUGCUCACCACCAAUUUGGCCAAAUUUGCACGGCUCCGGGAUUCCUGAACAAGUGGACGUCUCUGUAUUCUAAGAAAUUGGUGCAGCUGUUCCCGGAUUCCCUUGAAGUCUCAUACUUGUGCAUAAACGAUGCGGAAGCGAAUGACCUGGCCAUCCGUUUAUCUAGUCAGAUCACGUUUUCCAAGAACAUACUCGCUUUUGCGGGUACGUUUGUGGAAUUGCACCAGUUGCCGGCCACUGUGAGGCAUGCCUUCGUUGUUGCCAACAGCGCGGAUGGGACCGAAGAUGCGUCGAAAGUCGAACUUCAAGAAACCAGCGGGGGAAAAAGGGGUCAGGGGAAAAAAAAUCCCAUUUCUGCAAAGGAUAGUUCUGUACCGGGUCUUCUGUGGACCAUUCAUUUUCUUCCGAAACCCGAAAUCAGUGUAUCUGAAAAUCAGUUCCACGUGAAUUGGGUAUUGCGCCGGAUGGUACCUUUAGACUGCGUUCUGCAGGCUGUUGAGAAUUUGAAGAAGGAAGGAAUCCAUUUUUCCUGCUUCCUCAUCGAACCAUUCCUUUUCAUGGACGAAGUCGGAUUCCUGCAAUUUCCCCAGGGGUUGCUGAAGACCAUCACAAGUUCGUUGCUGAAGGACACGAAAUGCCUCACGAUCGUGGACGAAUCUCGGACUGGUCUCGGAAGGCUCGGCACUGGGAUGUGGGCUUUCACUGACAUCGGGAUCCUGCCGGACCUGGUGGUAGUGGGUGUGAUUUUAGGAAACGGGUUCCCACUCUCGGCUGUGCUCACGUCCCGGCAAAUCGCUGCCGCGGUACCCAAGUAUUAUUCUACGUUUGGCGGAAAUCCGUUGUCGUGUCGAAUCGGAUGCGCUGUAUUCGAUGUGAUAGACCACGAAGACAUAAUCAAGUCUGCGAAAGCUGUUGGAGAAACGUUGGAGAAAAAUUUGGACGCAGUUGCGACGAAAUUUCCGGAUUACAUGCAUUCCUUUUUCGGACGCGGGUUGCUGUUCUGUUUGCGCUUUCACCCUGGAAAUGCAGAAUCGCCGUUGGCUGUGGAAGUGAACAAAAGACUUUUCGAAGAAUACAAGAUCGAUGUUUUUCAAAAACACGACAACGUGUUGGUGCUUCAGCCGCCGUUGUGCUUCACAGUGAGAAACGCAGAAUACGUGGUUCAGUCGCUGAACUCCAUUUUGACGAGCAUUUCUCAAGAUAAAUGCAUGUCAAACGGAAGUCCGAAGCGGAAGGGAAAAUUGGAUCAGGAUUCAAAUCCAGGAACGAGCUUGAAUAAAACAAUUGAAGGAAAUUGGAAUAUUUGUGGUAUCAAAAAUGUGGACAAUGGUGGAAGAUUAGAUCUUUUGACCAGCCAGUACUGGCCCACAGACUAUCUGCGGAUUCCCAAGAACUGCAGAACGGUCCAGGUCCAACACAUGCCAUUGAAAUGGAAUUCGAACCUUGCAUUUUCGCAGUUGGUUUUUGAAGAUGACAUUACCUCAAUCCGCCAUCCCCAGGAUGCUUGCAUUCCUCCGCAGUCUCGUUCGACGAUCCCUUUUGUUACCGUAUUUGUCCCUUCUGCGCCGCUGAACGUCUUGCGCCGAAAUUCUAUUCGUGGAACGUGGGGAAGUUUCGGACGUCGCUCCGACAUUCGUGUAUUUUUUGUCAUUGGUCUCGUGAGCAAUGACUCUGUGCUUGAUAAUGUGAUUGAGCAGGAAAGUCAAAUAUUUCGUGACGUACUGCGCCCUGAGGUUGUUGAUACUUACAGUAAUUUGACACGGAAAGUAGUUGCUGCCUUCGAAUGGGCUGGAAAUUGCUCGGUAUCCGAGUUCUACCUGAAAGCGGAUGAUGACAUGUUCAUCAACAUUCCUGGGCUAGUAGAUUUCUUCUUAGCGCGCCGAAAAUUGAAGAAUGUGAUCUUCGGCCGUCUGUUGACUCGACUUCACCCUGUUCGUAACAAAGAAUCCAAAUGGUACGUUCACUGGAGAGAAUUCCGCGGAAACAAGUUUCCGAAUUUCGUUACCGGACCUGCUUACGCGUUCACGUCGGAUGUCCUUCCGAAACUUGUGGCCAUGGCCAGAGCCACACCUUAUCUGAAACUCGAAGAUGUGUAUGUCACUGGAGUUCUAGCUGAUCGAGCAGGCAUCGAACGCAGAAACGAGCGAAAGUUUGCAUCGCUACUGUUCUAUGUGCGAGGAUUGGAUGUGGAAGACGAUCUUGAUAUCGAACCGAAUGACGCUUCGGAAAUCGAAGAAAAUGAGGAAGAAGAGUUCGAAGUAGAAGCCAGUCCUACAAGAGGCUCUUUGGAUGUUGAAACUUCGAUUUUGUUCGUGAAGCCAAGCAUGACAGUGGAUGAUCCGAUUGAGUUGCCGGCCGGGAAAUCCGUGGAAGUUCUUGUUGGAUUCCACAAUAAAGGAGACAAGGUGUUGUCGUUGGCAGUUUUGGAUGGAUCCUUGAGGUACCCCAUGGAUUAUAAUUACUUCAUGCAAAACUUUUCGAGUUUGACAUUGCAUGACUACGACGUGGCGCCCGGAGAACAAGGAUCGAUAUUGUACGAAUUUGUUCCCGCGGAGGCCUUUGGAUCGCGAUCCUUUGGUUUGGCUAUCGGGCUUCUUUAUCACGAUCAG